AUGUCAGAUCCUUACGAAGUACAAAUUGAUAUAGAAUAUUUAGAACUGAUGAAUAAACUAGCAUUGUUUAAUGAAAAUGUCGAAACAACAAACAUUGUCAAAAAAAAGAAACACAUAUCGAGGUUGAAACUAAAAAAAUCAUGUGGAUUCGAUGCAGUGUCGAAUUAUAUGAUCAAAAGAAUUCCACCAGGCUAUAUUAAUUGUCUAGCAAAUUGCUUUAAUACUUGGUUAAAAGAAUAUAGGUAUCCAGAUGUUUGGAAAUUAGCUAAAAUAAUUACAUUGAAUAAACUUAAAGCAGGAGUACCUCGUUGCGAGCAAACACGACCAAUAUCACUUUUAGCAACACAUUCCAAACUUUUUGAGAAAAUUAUGCUAGAUAGAAUAAGACUAUGGGAUAAAACUAAUAGUUUAGUUCCAAUCGAACAGUCGGGAUUUCGUCCAGGUUGUCUUCUCCCUACCAGAGUUCUAUCUAUAUAUCAAGAAGUCAAAAACAAUAUGACAGCAAAUAUUCCAACGCUAGCAAUUUAUGUAGACUAUCAAAAGGCCUACGAUAAAGUGUGA